AUGUCUUGCACCAAGAAAUUUCCAGAUCAUUUGAUUAAUUUGAUCAAGACUUCCAAAUAUGUCCAUUUAGCUACUGCAUCUAAGGAUUGUAUACCAUCUGUCUCCUUGAUGAAUUACACUUAUAUUCCAGCGGACAAAACCUUCCAGAAAGAUGAUAACAGUGAUUAUAUUAUUUUUGCCACUUUUGACAACACAGAGAAAUAUGUCAAUAUCCUAGCAAACCCAGUAGUCUCACUAUUAUUUCAUGAUUGGAUCACAGCAAACAGCCUCUCUGCAAAGAAAAGAACCUUGUCGCAGGUAGGGACACCAAAAGAUGUACAAGGCUCUGAUAAACCCACAUCAUUGACAGAUUCUACUCCAGCACAUCCAAGCAAACUGCUAAACCUUCUACAACAAUUAAACCAAGAUGAAUUAAACGAAAUGAGUGCCACUAUUAAAGGCCAUGCUAUUCCUAUUGAGAGAUCUUCUGAAGAAUCUAACUACUAUAAAAACUUGUUAUUGAAAACAAAUCCUGAUGCUGAAGUGUUUAUCUUAGGGGAGAAUACUGUUAUCGUGAAAGUUAAAAUUGAAAGUGCGAAAGUCACUGACAGUGAAAAUAACACCAGUAUCUAUAAAUAA